UUUAGCGGAUGAAAAACAUUUUCUAAUGCAUUGUUAAUGUUUUGACCUAAUUCAAGAUCCAAAAAUAUUGAUUGAUGUCAAUUUUGAAAAUUUAAGUGAAAAUAAAAAUGGUAGUUUUAAUUACUUUGGGUUCAAGCAUGGUAGCCAAAUGACAUGGGUAUUAUGCAUAAAAAGGAAACAUAUUCGUUCAUAUUUCAUAAUUUUAUAUAAGUUCAAUUCUCUUAGUCUUAAUUUAGGAAAUAGAGAAAAGAAGGCCAAUGAUAAUUUUUUUUUCAUUUAAAUGAUUGAAAAUAUCAGAAGGCAAAAAUUAAAUGGUAUAUGUGGUGAUCGACUAUUACCUUAUUAUGCAAAAAUUAGUUGAAAUUUAUUGGAUAAAAUACUUUCCAAAAUAGUUAGAUCUUAAUUAAUGUACACCCAUUACUAUUUGUUAAAACAACAUAGGGAGGUCAUUUUGAAACAGAUCCCCCUAGUAGGGAGAUCCCGUAUUGUUUAUACAAGAGUUAAACUUUGGGGUUGUGUAAUGGAGGUAUACCAUAAGUGACAGCUCUGUAUACCCCAAGUACACAUCAUGUAUCCUACAAUAGGCACCAUUGGUUAGAAUGUUUCAAAUAUUACUGUAAUCUGAUUGGUCAUAUAAUUAUUUUCAUAUUUUGAUUGGCUAAACUGUGGGACAAAGUCAGAAAUUAUUCCCACUUUAUUCAUUCUGCACAAGCAUUUCUUUCGAAACCAAACGAAGUCAUGGCUAAGCAUAUUGUAGAGCGCGACAACCGGUGGGGAUUUUUAGUUAAAGACGCUUUCAACCACUUUUCCAACUUCAUCUUCAAGAUGGUCUACUGUGUCGAAUCUGAAGUCGGGCCUGGAUUCGUGGUUGAUGUUACUCGAGCUGAUGGUGUCACCGGAAGAGCAUGGUUCCGCCAGAAGGAUUGUAGGGAUUCCCAUAGUUUAACUACAGCCCUGAACCAGACCUUCCAAGGUGGAAGAGGAGGGGCAUUGCACUGUAAACUCAGCCCAGCCCAGCUGUAUGACCUUCUGGACAUGCUAACAGAAGAGUUGUUCGCUAAAGAAAACAUGGUCAGGAAGCUACUGACAACUGUUGGUGACCAAGAGGGUGGUUUUUGCAUCAUUUCACCUGAUGUUGCUCUGAACAACCGUGGUAUUAAGAUUCCACCAGCUUCCAACCCAUUCAUGUGGAUACCAGGAUGGCCUGGCUGCCCACCCCAAGGAAUGGCCAGACAGUUUGCCGAACCUCCUGGCCUUAAUCCUUUAUCAAGGUUCAUAGAGUUGGCACACACACAACUAAGAGACAACUUUGUCCCAGCCCUGCUCUCUUUGAGUUGCAUGCUGAUGAUGGCAAACUACAGAGACAUCUUGGCCAAGUUGGGACAUUUUAACCUCCCCCUUCUAUUUGGACCACCUAAAGUAGGAAAGACUUUGGUUGCACAGUGUGCAGGACUCUUCAGUGGGCUUUCCUUGGAUGAAUCCAUCACCAGCAGAGAUACCCUAACCUAUCUGACGGAUGCUUUUGCUAAGUCCACCCUUCCCUUUGUAUGGGAUGACCCUACUUCAGUAGCAGAUGUCAAACAGGUUGCUGUGGACUUGGCCAAUGGUGCAGCAAGGGGAAAAUCGGGAGGACACCAGUUCCCACAGACAGCGUGCCUUGUGACAGCCAACUUCGACAUCCAUCAGAUGGAAAAGUAUCACUCCAGGCUGUUCGUCAUAGUCUUUUUAAGACCCAAGGCCAACCCCCAACCAGGCACCUUUGCAGUUCUUACUAAGGCAGCAAUUGCAGCCUCCUCUGCUUUCAUUUCCCUUAAGUUGAUGGCCAGCGAAAUUGAAGCGGAGGAGAUUGCAAACGUAACAUCGGGAUUGCUGUCUUAUCUGGAAGGACUGGACAUCAGAGUUGCAGAGGGCAUUGCUCUCCCUCUGAUUAUUUGCAAAAAGAUGCUGGAGGUUACAGAGAAAGGGCAUUUGUGGCAGCAAGUCAGGGCAUAUGUGAAGGAUGUGUUGCUGCCCUACCACGAAAAUACAACUUUGAACCACCAACCAUCCAAAGCAGCAAAUCGAAUGUUGAAAGAACUUGGAGGGUUGUGCCAACAUGUGAAAAAAGACAUCCUCAGAUGUUUGGAGGACUCCGUCCUGCUGGACAAGGCCAGAGCAGCAGCAGCUUUGAACAUUGCAGUUUCUGAAGUGGUUGCUGUCCUAAAAAACACGCCUGGGGCAGAGAUCAACAAAUCAGGGAGGAUUAUGGGGAAAGUGAGGAAAGUCGCGAAAAUCCCCAUGAGUGUUUUAUCUGAAGACACCAUUCGAUGCCUUACCUCAGAAUCUGACGAUGAAGUGGAAGAAACCAGAGUUAGGGAAACAACCUUCCCAGAGAUCCAGGACAAUGAAUCUGACGUUGAAGUUGAAGAAACCUGCAGAGUGAAGGAAACAACCUUCCCAGAGAUCGAGGACAAUGUAGAUACCCCGGACACGGAACAGGAUUCCUUUGACAUGGGUGACCUUCCUCCACCACCACCACCUCUACCAUCACUAAAUGGGUCAAUCUCCAAUGACUUUCCACCCCCACCAUUCAUUGAAAUGAUGGGGAAUAUGUCAGUGGACAUGGGCACCCCAAUAGAAGAAGGACAUCAAGCAGAUGAGCCCCUCCCCUCCCCACCCAGACUGCCUCUGGCGUCUGUUCAGAGGGUACCGAUGAGUGACCUUUGUGCCACUUGUGGAAAGAAAGGGAGAAGAGGCCUCCUUUGGCUUUGCUGUGAUGGAUGCCAGCAGUGGUACCAUCGGAGUUGUGCAGGGAUCUCCGUACAGGCGUACAAAACCAUCGGCGGAAAUCCCUGGAACUGCAGACAUUGCCACUGAGUGUUGCCCCUUAUUCUGGAAUUAUGACCUUUUGUGAAAAAUUCUGUUUGUAACCAUCAAAAAAGUUAUUAUGAUUUUUUUUAGAUUUACUAAAUGAAUUAACAUGAACAGAUCAUUAUCAG